CUUCUCCGAUCUCUGAUCCGAUAUUUUCCACAUGUUGUUGAGCAUUUGAGCUUCAAAGGAGUUGGAUCCGUUAAGAAAUUUAUGAAAACGAAGAGAGUGUGAAAAAUGGGGAAGGAAGUUAGGAUGAGCGAUUACGGUGACGACGACGGAGAAGACGCCGGCGGCGAUGAAGAUAGGGUUCCGGAAUGGGAAAUUGGAUUACCCAACGGAGAUGAUUUGACUCCUUUAUCUCAAUCUCUAGUCCCGUCGAUUCUGGCGUUAGCUUUUAGCAUAAUCCCAGAACGGAGCCGUACGAUUCACGAUGUCAAGCGCGCGUCGCAAACCACGCUCUCUUCGUUGCGAAGCAGUGCAAAUGCUUCGUCUGUGAUGGAGGAGGUCGUGGAUCGAGUUGGAUCGAGUAGUCCAGGAUCAGAUCCGAAGAAACAGAAGAAAUCAGAUGGAGGUGAAGCGGUGGUGGAGGAAUCCACGGCGGAGGAAGGAGAUUCCGGGACUGAAGAUGCGUCAGGGAAAACAUUGAAACGACCGCGUUUAGUUUGGACACCGCAGCUACACAAGAGAUUCGUCGACGUUGUGGCUCAUUUAGGGAUUAAAAACGCAGUGCCGAAGACGAUUAUGCAGCUGAUGAACGUUGAAGGACUUACUCGUGAGAACGUUGCGUCUCAUUUGCAGAAAUAUAGGCUUUACCUUAAACGGAUUCAUGGAUUGACGACGGAAGAAGAUCCGUAUUCGUCGGAUCAGCUCUUCGCUUCAACGCCAGUUCCUCCACAGAGCUUUCAAGACGGUGGAGGAAGUAACGGAAAAUUGGGGAUUCCGGUUCCGUCGAUGAUUCCGAUUCCAGGCUAUGGGAAUCAGAUGAGUAUGCAAGGACAUUAUCAUCAGUAUCGUAACCAUGGUAAUGAAUCAAACCAAUAUAUGAUGCAGCGGAAUAAGUUUGGAACAAUGGUGACCUCUCCUUCUGUUGGUGGUGGUGACGUGAAUGACAAGUUCUUGGCGUCGUUGUGACUUUUAAUUUCCCAUGUUUUCCACACAAGUCUUCAUUGCCUUUGUAUAGAAAAUGAUUCGAGAAAAAUCACGCGGAAGUUCUGUAUUAUUGGAGAAUGAAGCCUUUCUAUGAAUGAAUUAGUUUCCAUACUGUCUCCAUUCUUGUGAGGUAAAGCCUUCUUUGCUCAUCGCUUGUAGUCUUCUUAAAUUCAAGACAGCGUCACAUGUUUGUUCGGUUUUGUUAAUUGUUUCUUUCUUUGGAUAAUGAAGUAUAGCAUCAGGC